AUUGAGAAGGAAAGCGAUGAGGAACCAUUUCAUGCAGACUCUGAUACUGACCCAGAUUACAUUCCGACAGAAGACAAAAACAUCACUGAAGUAAUAAUUGAACCUAAUAAGAAUAUAACUGAAGCAACCACAAAUAGAAAGAGAAGAAGCAGACGCAAUAUAGAGAGAGUAAGUAGGAAAAUAAUUAGAGACGUUAGUAAGUGGGCGGAUGAAAAAUCUAAAACAAGUCUAAACCUGGGACUUGAACAUGAAAAUCGAAAAGGUAUUCAAAUUAAAGGAAGACAGAUGGGUGCACUAUGCGCAAACACAUGUAGACUAAAAUGUGCUACCAAAAUAGCUAAAGAAUAUAGAGACCUUUUUUUCAAUGAAUUUUGGAAGUUAAAAGAUCAUAAGAGAAAGUGGGAUUUUAUUGCUCAUCAUGUGAGACAGGUUGCCAAAAAACAAGUAACUAUUACUGCAGAACAACGGUCUCGAAGAAAUUACUCUCGAGAAUAUUACUUCUACAUUCGCAAUGAAAAACAACGUAUUUGCAAAACUAUGUUUUUGGAAACCCUUAACGUUUUAGAAACUUGGAUCACUACAGCAUUAAGGAAACUGAAAGAUGGUGGAUUAUUAGAGGAAGAUAAACGUGGAAAGCACACUAACAGACCACAUAAACUAUCACCGGAACUCAUAGACAACGUAAAAAAUCACAUAAAUCAGUUUCCUGUAGUACCUUCUCAUUAUACCCGUAAGAAUACGAUGAAGAUGUACCUUGAAGAAGGGCUAACUAUCCAAAAUAUGUACCGAUUGUACAACGAGCAUUGCGAAAAAAAUAACAUCACUACAGCUGCCACGUCACGCCAGUAUAGAGAUAUUUUCAAUGAACAGUUCAAUAUUGGGUUCUUUAAACCAAAAAAGGACCAGUGUACUGUUUGUUCUGUUUUUAAUAUGGCUAUGAUGCUGAAAAAGCAAAAUUGCUCGAACAAUAUGACUCCCAUAUGAAAAACAAAGAAGUUAUCAGAAACUUAAAAGACAUAGACAAACAGCUUUCACUAGAUGAUAAGAGCUUGUGUGUGGCUUGCUUUGACCUUCAAAAGGUUUAGCUACACCUUUGUCUAAUGUAAGUGAUUUUUACUACAAAAGCAAAUACUCUACAUAUAACUUUACAGUUUAUGAUGUUGGAAAUAAUCAGGGUUACUGCUAUGUAUGGCACGAGCAGGUGGCUAAAAGAGGUAAUAAAUCAAAUUGCCAGUUGCCUCUGGAAAUUUUUAG